UCCGGCUUGUCCCGCCGUGCACGAGCAGCGCGCAGUCGGUGAGCAGCGUGGAUCAGAGUGGCUCUGCGGAGCUUCUGGAGCAGCGUGUCCGGAGGAGCGAGCCGCGGAGCAUCACCAGGUGUGCCGUACCCCCCCCCCCCCCUUGCAGGAUGCGCUCCUCACUGUUCCUCGGCCUGCUGGGCCUCUUUGUCGUCUCCCUGUUCCCUCAGCCGGCGCAGGGCCAAGUUUCAUCACCGCGGAGAUUUCGUGCCAAAAUCCUGAGUCCCACCCGGCUGCACGUGUCCUGGAAGGAGCCGAAGGGACAGUUUGAAAGCUACAAGGUCGUUUACUCCACGCGACCAGGUGGGGAGCAAAAGGAGGUUGAGGUAUCGAAGCAGGACGCUAAGCUCCUCAUCGACGACUUUGACCCCUCCAAAGAGUACAACUUUAAGGUGGUCGCGCUCAGCGGAGGACAGCAGAGCAAACCCCUGCAGGCCACACAUGAAGCCCAGCAGUCCGGCGUCGAGGUGGUUCGGUCUCCGCGGAGACAGGACGCCCGGGAGGACAACGACAUCUCAGAAGUGGAGGACGAGUUCAUGUGCAGGACUCCGGCCGUAUCGGACAUCGUCAUCCUGGUGGACGGGUCCUGGAGCAUCGGGCGCAUCAACUUCCGGCUCGUCAGGACCUUCCUGGAGAACCUGGUCAGGGCCUUCACGGUGGAGUUCGACAAGACCAGGAUCGGUCUGGCUCAGUACAGCGGAGACCCGCGGAUCGAGUGGCACCUCAACACUCACAGCACCAAAGCGGCCGUGAUGGAGGCGGUGAAGAACCUGCCGUACAAAGGAGGGAACACGCUGACAGGUCUGGCUCUCACCUUCAUCCUGGAGACCAGCUUUAAACCCGAGUCCGGGUCCAGGCCCGGCGUUCCCAAGAUCGGGAUUCUCAUCACGGACGGGAAGUCCCAGGAUGACGUCAUCCCUCCCGCGCGCAGCCUCAGGGAGGCCGGCAUCGAACUGUUCGCCAUCGGUGUGAAAAACGCCGAUGAAAACGAGCUGAAGGCCAUCGCGUCUCCCCCCGAGGAAACUCACGUGUACAAUGUGGCCGACUUCAGCGUGAUGAGCGACAUCGUGGAGAGUCUCACGCAGACGGUGUGUGAGCGGGUGGAGCAUCUGGACAAGCAGAUCAAAGUGGAGGGAAACCCGGCCCCCCCGCCCGUCGCCAUGGCUCCGCCCCGCGACCUGGUGACCUCUGACAUUACGGCUCGCAGCUUCCGGGUGACGUGGACACACGCACCGGGCCAGGUGGAGAAGUACCGGGUGGUGUACUACCCGGCCAGCGGGGGGCGGCCGGAGGAAAAGGUGGUGCAGGGGGCGGAGAACACCGUGGAGCUCAGCUACCUCAACUCGCUGACGGAGUACCAGUUGGCCGUCUUCGCCGUGUACCGGAGCUCGGCCAGCGAGGCGCUGAGAGGCAGCGCCACCACCCUGGCGCUGCCGAUGGUCAACGACCUGGAGUUGUUGGAUAUCUCUCACAGCACCAUGACGGUGCGCUGGAUGGCGGCCGCCGGGGCUUCUGGGUACAUGAUCCUCUACGCUCCGCUGACGGGGGGGGAACCCGCGGACGAGAAGGAGGUGAAGGUGGAGGACACGGUGAACGUGGUGGAGCUGGAAGGACUGACGCCGGCCACGGAGUACACGGUGACGGUUUACGCCCUGUACGGAGAGGAGGCCAGCGACCCCAUGACCAGCCAGCAGACCACACUGCCGCUGACUCCUGCGACCAACCUGCGUUUCUCAGACGUGGACCACAGCUCCAGCCGCCUCACGUGGGACUCGGCCUCCGGGAAGGCCAACGGCUACCGCAUCAUGUACGUCAAGACCGACGGAGUCCAGACCAACGAGGUGGAUGUUGGCCGUGUGACCGCCUGGCUGCUGAGAAACCUGACCUCGCUGACGGAGUACACAGUCGGGGUCUUUGCCGUCUACAACGAGGGACAAGCCGAGGCCGCGACCAACAGCUUCACCACGAAGACCGUCCCCGAGCCGCAGGAUCUGAGGAGCAGUGACAUCUCCACCGACAGAUUCAGGGUGUCAUGGCAACACCCGGCCUCCGACGUGGUGAUGUACCGACUCUCCUGGACGGCCUCGGACGGAGGAGACAGCAAAGAGGUUCUGGUGAACGGAGACAUCAACAGCUACCUGAUCUUGGGACUUUCCCCCACCACCAAGUACGAAGUCCUCCUCGCCGCCGUCUACGCCAACGAGGCGGAGAGCGACGACGUGGUCCUGGUCGAGUCCACCGUCGAGAGAACGACCACAGUCGCCACGACGACCACCACCUCAGCAACUCCUCGCUACGGGUUCAGGAGCAUGAGGGUGGAUGAGGAGACCACCUUCAGCAUGCGGGUGGCCUGGCAGCCCAUGGACCCCAGGAACGUCCGGCACUACCGGCUGAGCUACGUCAGCGCCAACGGAGACCGGGCGGAGGAGCAGAGGAUGGCCCCCGCGGGUCAGAACAGCCUGGUCCUGCAGCCCCUGCUGUCGGAUACAGAGUACCAGAUUUCCAUCACGCCCGUUUACCCCGACGGAGACGGACCAGCGGCGGUGCGGACUGGACGAACGCUUCCUCUCUCGGCUCCUACGAACCUGCGCGUAUCGGAGGAAUGGUACAACCGCUUCAGGAUCAGCUGGGACGUCCCGCCAUCCCCCACCAUGGGCUACAGGGUGGUCUACCAGCCCCAGUCUGUUCCAGAACGAGCUCUGAAGACCUUUGUGGGGGAGGACGUGAACACCAUGCUGUUCGUGACCUUGUUGAGCGGGACGGAGUACAGUGUGAAGUUCAUCGCCUCCUACACCACCGGCUCCAGUGAGCCCCUGUCAGGGGGGCCCAAGACCCUGUACCUGGGGGUCAGCGGCCUGAAUGCCUCCCAGGUAAAGGUGAGCAGCAUCUGCGCCCAGUGGCAGCCGCACCGCCACGCCAGCAGCUACCGCUUGCUGCUGGAGUCCGUGCCCGAUGGUCACAAGCAGGAGACCAGGCUGAGUGGGGGGGCCAACCGGCACUGCUUCAACAGCCUGAGGGCCGACACGCAGUACAAGCUGAGCCUGAGGGCCCAGCUGCAGGACGGCACCGAGGGGCCCGAGGUCAGCGUCGCCGCGGCAACACUCCCCGUCCCGACCCCGAAGCCCACCGCACCCCCCACCACCACGCCGUUACCCACAAUCCCCGCUGCUAAGGAAGUCUGCAAGGCGGCCAGAGCCGACCUGGUCUUCCUGGUGGACGGAUCCUGGAGCAUCGGCGACGACAACUUCCUGAAGAUCAUCCGCUUCCUGUACAGCACCGCGGGGGCUCUGGACCGGAUCGGGCCGGACGGCACGCAGGUGGCCAUCGCCCAGUUCAGCGACGACGCCCGCACUGAGUUCAAGCUGAACUCGCACAGCGACAAGGAGCGCCUGCUGGACGCCAUCAACAGGAUCUCCUACAAGGGGGGGAACACCAAGACGGGUCGAGCCAUCCAGCACGUGAAGGAGAACAUCUUCACGGUGGAGGGGGGGGUCAGGAGGGGGAUCCCCAACGUGCUGGUGGUCCUCACCGACGGGCGCUCCCAGGACGACGUCAACAAGGUGUCCAAGGAGAUGCAGAUGGAAGGCUACAUCGUGUUCGCCAUCGGCUUCGCCGACGCCGACUACGGCGAGCUGGUGAGCAUCGCCAGCAAGCCCAGCGACCGGCACGUCUUCUUCGUGGACGACCUGGACGCCUUCACGAAGAUCGAGGAGAAGCUGGUGACGUUUGUGUGCGAGGCCGCCAGCGCCACGUGUCCGUCCGUACCGAUGAGCGGCAGCAGCACCCCAGGUUUCCGCAUGAUGGAGCUGUUCGGGCUGGCGGAGAGUCGGUACGGCAGCGUCGCCGGCGUUUCCAUGGUACCCGGCACCUUCAACACCUUCCCGUGCUUCCACCUGCACGCCGACGCCUUCCUGGCACAGCCCACCAGGUACAUCCACCCUGAAGGGCUGCCCUCCGACUACACCAUCAGCCUGCUGUUCAGGCUGCUGCCCGACACGCCCGAGGAGCCCUUCGCCCUGUGGGAGGUGCUGGACCAGAAGAACGAGCCGCUGGUGGGCGUCAUCCUGGACCACGGCGGGAAGACGCUGACGUUCUUCAACAACGACUUCAAAGGAGACUUCCAGACGGUGACCUUCGAAGGGCCCGACAUCAAGAAGCUCUUCUACGGCAGCUUCCACAAGCUUCACAUCGCCGUCAGCAAGACGAGCGCCAAGGUGUUGAUCGACUGCAGCGCCGUGGACGAGAAAAGCAUCAACGCGGCGGGAAACAUCAGCACCGACGGCGUGGAGGUCCUCGGGAGGAAGGUCCGGUCCCGAGGGAACAAGGACAGCUCGGCCCCGUUCCAGCUUCAGGCCUUUGACAUCGUGUGCAGCACGUCGUGGGCCGGCAGAGACAAGUGCUGCGAGCUCCCUGGUCUGAGGAAGGAGGCGGACUGCCCGGCCAUGCCCAAAGCCUGCACCUGCACCCAGGACAGCAAAGGCCCCCCUGGGCCGGCCGGACCCCCGGGAGGUUCAGGCAUCAGAGGAGCCCGAGGAGAUCGUGGAGAGCCAGGUCCGGUGGGGGCGACCGGUGCCGUGGGGGACGCGGGACUGCCAGGACCUCCGGGGCCCCAAGGGCCGCAGGGCCACAGCGGGCGCUCCAUCAUCGGACCCCCGGGAGGUCCAGGAGAGCGAGGACAGAAAGGUGAAGCGGGACAACAAGGCGUGCAGGGACUAGCUGGCAGACCUGGAGCUCCAGGCAGAGAAGGACCCCCGGGACCCAGGGGCCUGCCGGGUAAAGACGGACCGCCGGGCCGACCGGGUCCCUCAGGAACCAUCGGGACGCCAGGAGCCCCGGGGGCCCCAGGUAACACGGGCUCUUCAGGGAAACCAGGAGAUCUGGGACCUCCGGGUCUUCCUGGAAGCAAAGGCGAGAGAGGUGAACGGGGGGACCUCCAGUCGACCUCGUCCGUCCAGGACAUCGCCAGGCAGGUCUGUGAGCAGCUGAUCCAGAGCCACAUGGCGCGCUACAACUCCAUCCUCAACCACGUGCCCAGUCCACCAGUUUCCAUCCGCACUGUGCCAGGCCCCCCCGGGGAGCCCGGCAGGCAGGGGACCCCGGGGCCCCAGGGAGAACAGGGACCCUCUGGAAGACCCGGCUUCCCAGGACAGAACGGACAGAACGGGCAGCCUGGAGAGAGAGGUCAAUCAGGAGAAAAGGGCGACAAAGGAUCUCCAGGAGUUGGAGUCCAAGGCCCCCGAGGCCCUCCAGGACCCCCCGGUGCGCAGGGGCAAGGCAGACCUGGCAGCCAGGGUCCGUCGGGGCGACCCGGGAACCCCGGCUCUCCUGGCCGGCCCGGUAACCCCGGACCCGUUGGCUCUGCCGGGUCUCCGGGGUACUGCGACCAGAACUCGUGUGUGGGCUACAACGUGGGAGAGGGCGAUGAUGUCACUGACCGCGGCGCUGUUCCCGCAGUCCAACUGCCACCCAGCGUCUUCCAGAACUACGGCGAGGUCGAGGAGGAGGACCCCUACCGCUUCUACGAGCCCAACUACCCGGCCCCGCAGCCCGUGGCCCCCGACGAUCCGGAGUACCAGCAGGACGGCAUCGACCUGAGCUCCCCCGGCGUGGCCCGCGUUGCCCGCAGCACGGGGGAGGGUGGUGAGAAAGGAGUCAGCCUGGAGAGGAGGCUAAAGGGAGGCGCGAAGACGCCGCCCGGACUAAUUUAACGAGAGGAAAGGGUCGGAGGCCGCCCGCUGUUUACCGAUCGGGCGAUUUGGAGUUGUGGACUAAUCAACAAGUGCCUGAUGUAGAGGAUUUCUUAUGGACAUCGUAGGGGGGCUGGUUAUCAGGUGGGGACUCUGAACUCAUCUCUGCUUUUGAAUCAACUCUCGGGCGACGGGUCUGGUCAGUUGUUGUUGUCCCAAAGUGGACACAUGGUUUUAUGUUUGGGGACUGAUCGGAGCAGCAUGCCCGUCCGGUCCUCAGCCAUCGGGUCUGCUGCUUGGUCGUUGACGCGGCCGGUUACGUCCUCCUGUCCAAACCCAGAAACACAAAAGCUGCAACGAGUCAUUUACACACAGAGAAACAGGUGGGUUACAGCGACAACAAGCAACAUCUACACUCUUUGUGACUUUAUAUAAAUAUACACAACUUUAAAUGGUCCGGCUGCACAGACGACAUAAAAAAGGUUCAGCAUUUGAAUUUUAAGCAUUGUUCCAAUUUUUAAAUGACAUGCACCUGUCAGAGGGGGUAAAGAAAUGAUCGUACCUUUAAAAUAGAGGGACGUAAAGGCUCACCGACAUAAUAAUGCGUUCUAAUAGAUAACAAUCUGGUACAGAAGUCCAACACAAUUUGACAUAAGUUAAAAACUCACACACUUUACAACAAGUGAACCCCGUCUGUAAUGUUAAGAGUAUUUUCUCCCUCCGUAAACGAACCAAAGGAGAAGUUCUGCCAGUUCACGACCACAGGACGGGAAGGUGAAGCGUAACAGCGACACCAUUUCUAAUCCGAACCCCAGUAACUAUUCAUGAACGUGUUCUUACUCCUCGUGUUUGUUUCAGAAGUUCCUAAACUCUUAAACUGAGACGCUUCCACAUUUGGAAAAAACAGAAUGUUUAUUUAUGUCCAGUCCUGCUUCACUUUGGGGUUUUUCGUUUCAUUUUUCAUUUCAGGUUUUUAAUCCCACAGUUGGAGGCGCGUUGCACCGUCACACACCAGGAGGUUGUUUGCUUAUUGUUGCGUUAUUUAGCUCAUACUGACGUUGCCUGUGACAAACAAUGAAAAGAGUUCUUAUACUUUGGAGUUAAUGAAUUUUUUGUUUCUGGAUGUUUUCGUUGUUGUUGUUUUUUCCAAUUCUUUUUCUAAUUAAUCUCCAUUUGUAACAUAGGCUAAAAUUAGCAUUAAAACCAAACAACGGACCAAACAAUGGAAUCUGAGGUUCUCUUCAUCGCUCAUGUGAAUCUGUGUGCUUCCUGCACCCGUUUAUUCACCGCUGCAUUUUCUAAAUGAAAUUGGUUGCCAAAUAUUCAAGAUCAUUUUAAAUUUUCUGAACAAGAUCUUUGAAAUCUUUGACCCUUUGGGUCCAAACCCCCCCUUCCCCUGGAUGAAUAAAGGAAGUCAUUUAUUUUUUACUUGUGAUUGAGUUUCCCAGACAAAAUAAAACUUGAGUUCAACUGUU